CAACGAAGCAAGCUUCCCUAUACGUGCUCUCGUUCCUUAAAGCGCAUGUCUUGCGGCGCUGUUGUCUUGCAGCUGGAUCAUGUCCAGUCUCCACUCCAAGUACGAACAGCUUCCAAAUCUGGAAUGCCAUACGACCCUAUGUUGGCCGUCCAUAACGCAAUGAUCUGAUCAAUCCAGCGCCCGCAAUUUAGCAAAAAUACAUUAUCGCGCGUUAACUUUCAUCGUGACAUUGAAGCCAUCGGUAAAAUGGCGCAAGCAGCAAAUGAGCACGAAGGCCUUCUUCAAGCAGAUGAUGCUGCGUCGUUAAACCAUGACUCUGCGCCGACAGCGUCUCUCGAGUCAGGAAGUUAUCUGACUUCGCUCAACUCCAGCGUCUUGAACUACAAAUACGAAAAUGGACGACGAUAUCAUGCUUUCCGUGAGGGCGCAUACCUAGUUCCCAAUGAUGACGAAGAGCAGGAUAGAAUGGAUCUAGGCCAUCAUAUCUACCGUCUUGUCCUCGGCGGCGAUCUCUUCCUCGCGCCUAUUGGCGAUAAGAUCAAGCGGGUUCUUGACCUCGGCACGGGAACAGGUAUCUGGGCUAUGGAUUUCGCCGACGAAUACCCCCAAUCCGAAGUCCUCGGGACUGAUCUAAGUCCCAUCCAACCCCCAUGGACCCCACCGAACUGUCUCUUCGAAGUCGACGAUUUCGAAUCAGACUGGCUCUUCCGCCAACCCUUCGACUUCAUUCACGCCCGCGAACUAGAAGGCUGCAUCAGCAACAACGCCCAAUUCUUCACCCGCGCUUUGCAGAGUUUAGCGCCCGGCGGAUAUCUCGAAAUGCAGGCUGUUCACUCUGAGUUCAAAUCUGACGACAACACCAAAGAGAAAGCUGAGAAUGCGUUGCUUUGGAUGAAGAGUAUGGUUGAAGGGUCUUCAAAGUUUGGAAAGCCACUUAAUGUCGCGCCUGAGUGGAAGACAGAGAUGGAGAAUGCUGGGUUUGUAGAUGUUGAGCAAAAGAUUCUCAAGGUACCGAUUGGACCUUGGCCUAAGGAUGCGAAGCUAAAGGAGAUUGGAAAGUUUCAGUCUGUGCAGGAAGCACAAGUUAUCACGUCGUAUACUCCCGGUAUCUUCUCGCGAAUUCUUGGAUGGAGCGACGAGGAGAUUCAGGUGUUUAUGGCAAAGGUGAAGAGGGAUCUUGCUGAUCCAGGUAUUCAUCUUUAUCUCCCGGUUUAUUUCAUCUGGGGAAGAAAGCCCGAGUGA